AUGACUUUCCAUCCGGAUACUCUCCCCGAUCUCAAGGGCAAAGUUUUCAUAGUCACAGGUGGGAAUUCCGGCAUAGGCUACUGCACCGUAGUCCGACUAGCAGAACAUGGCGCUCAUGUUUACAUGUGCGCCAGAUCUGCAGAGAAGGGGAUAUCAGCUAUCACCAACAUCAAGAAAUUGAAUCCUUCAGCCAAUAUCGACCUCCUACAGAUGGACCUCAUGGACCUUGCCAGCGUCGUCGCAGCCGCCAAGCAUUUCCUCACCCUCGAAACAGCCCUUCACGGCCUAAUCAACAACGCAGGCAUCAUGGCGACGCCCUUUGAAAUGACCAGGGAUGGGCACGAGGCCCAGUGGCAGACGAACUACCUUGCACACUGGAUUCUGUCGGAGCACCUGCUUCCUCUGAUGCUGCGGACCGCCAAAACACUUCCUCCCGGCAGUGUGCGCAUCGUUAACCUUACUUCAUCGGGUCACUUGGCGGCACCCAGGGGCGGCAUCAAUUUCAAGGAUCUAUCGCUCAAAGAUGGUGGCCCGUGGACGCGUUACGGACAGAGCAAGCUCGCCAACAUUCUGCACACCAAGAACCUGCACGCGACGUACGGCCCUGGCUCUCCCAGUGCGCGGAACGGAGAGGGCGAAAUCUGGGUUUCUUCCGUGCAUCCAGGUGUAGUUGAGACGAAUAUCGCCACGUCGGUGGAGGGGUCGGGGUCGGGCAUGAUGAGUGUUUUCUCGGUCAUGCGCAUGUUUGGAUUAAUAUGGCCCGCCGAUAAGGGGUCGCGGACCAGUGUGUUUUGUGCAGCGAGUCGGGAUAUGAAGGCGGAACAGAGCGGCACCUAUCUCGAAAUUUUCCAGCGAUUUGGGGAGCCGUGGUGGCAGAGCGGUGCGGCGAAGGAUGGGAAGCUUGCAGAACGGUUGGAGGAGUGGACUGGGAAGGAGAUGAGAAAGGAAGGAUGGGUUCGGUAA